AUGGUCGCGGCUCCUCUCUUGCGCGCUCACCAAGUAGCGCGACUCCAAUCAGUGUCUAUCACCCGGCUCGGGCUGAAUCCGCAUGUAAUCAAAAGUGCCGGAAGGCUACACCUGCUUCGGAGUAGUGGGUUCUCAACUUCUACGUCCAAAUGGCAAGCGGAUGUCCUCGACCGAACCAGAAACAUCGGUAUCAUCGCCCACAUCGAUGCCGGCAAGACUACCACUACGGAGCGUAUGCUCUAUUACAGCGGGUUUACAAGAAGGAUAGGCGACGUGGAUGAAGGCUCCACAGUCACCGACUUCCUUCCUGCUGAGCGUGCUCGAGGAAUUACGAUUCAAUCUGCCGCUAUUACUUUCCAUUGGCCGCCUCAAACGGCCGGUGAUGGAAAUACAACUCCGCAGGAACCACAGACGCCAAGGUCUGCCUCAUCUCAUACCGUGAACCUCAUUGACACCCCUGGACACGCGGACUUCACGUUCGAAGUCAUGCGAUCCUUGCGCAUUCUAGAUGGCGCGGUAUGCAUUCUAGACGGUGUGGCCGGCGUCGAGGCUCAAACAGAGAAAGUCUGGCACCAAGCAAGUACCUACCGGAUUCCCCGGAUUGUUUACGUGAACAAGCUUGACAGAGAUGGGGCUGCCUUUGGCCGGACGGUCCGAGAGGUUGCCUCCCGGCUAGGCGGAUGGCCUGCUGUCUGUCAGAUUCCCUGGUUCGAAGGAGGAAACGGACGUUUUAUUGGUAUUGCCGACGCUAUCAAUCUCCAAGGCCUUCGCUGGGAGGAAGGAGACGGCAAGUCUGUCAAGAUGUUCAACCUUGAACAGCUGGCUAGCGAAGAACCCCAGCUUGCACAGGAGCUCAAGCGCGCGAGGGUUGCCCUCAUUGAACUGCUGAGUGAGCAUGAUGAAGCCAUGGUGGAGAAGUUCUUCGACUGUGAGGAGGACCAUUUGGCAGUCCCCGCGAAUGACAUUCUCGAGAGUCUGCGUAGAUGCCUCCUGGAGGAGCAGGGAAGGAAAAUCAUUCCCAUCUUCGCUGGUGCUAGCUUUCGAAACAUUGGUGUCCAGCCUCUACUCGAUGCUGUGACGAAUCUACUCCCUAGCCCUCCUGAGACUCCUGAACCAGAGGUCAGCAUUGGUGGAGUUAAGGGUGGCCUCCGACGCCUGCUUUCCGGCGAUCUUCUAGUCGAACAAGGCGAGAAGGCAGCUUCGGCCAAGGCUCCAAGCUGCGCCUUAGCUUUCAAGGUCGUCAAUGACCCCAAGCGCGGUGUUCUAGUGUACGUCCGCGUCUAUUCCGGCUCUCUCGACCGAAACAGCGUCCUGUACAACACCAACCUGAAUGUGUCAGAGAGGGCACCUCGUCUGCUGAAGAUGUAUGCGAAUGACGCUGUCGAGGUCGACUCCAUCCCCGAAGGUCACAUCGGAGUCGUAGCUGGCCUCAAACACACCCGAACGGGAGAUACCCUAGUCACCUACUCCGGCAACAAAGCCACGCCCCCCGAACCUCUCACCACCCUCCAACUCCGUCCGAUCAACGUCCCACCCCCGGUCUUCUUUGCCAGCGUCGAACCCCACAGCCUAAGCGAGGAGAAGCGACUUCAAGAGUCGCUCGCGAUGCUCCUCCGCGAGGAUCCCAGCCUGCACGUCACCGUCGACGAAGAUUCCGGCCAAACCCUCCUCAGCGGCAUGGGCGAACUGCACCUCGAAAUCGCGCGAGACCGCCUCCUCAACGACCUCAAAGCCAAAGCAUCUAUGGGCCGCAUCGAAAUCGGCUACCGCGAAUGCCCCCUCGGCGCCUCGGGCCCGGUAACCAAGAUCUUCGACAAAGAAAUCGCCGGCCGAAAAGGCAAAGCCGGCUGCACCGCAACUGUCGAGCCCUUCGACCCCGAAGACACCACCUCGGAACCCGACCCAUCGGCACUCUCCAUCCAAACCGCAGACGGCAACCAAAUCAUCAUCCAAGCGCCGGGCCUCGAAGUCGAAGUGAACAAAAAGGGCACCGAGGAGAGUUCACUCCUACCCCCAGGUCUGGACGUCCACGCCCUUCGCACAGCCCUCCAAAACGGCUGUCUCGCGGCACUAGCCCGCGGUCCUCAGUUCACCUUCCCCAUGCACGGCACCCGCGUCACCCUCACCUUCGACCCAGCCGAACACCUCUUCGGCAACGACUCCACCCCCUCCGCGCUCUCCGCCGCAGCGCGUCUCGCAACCUCCUCCGCCCUCCGGGACCUCCCCUCCGCAGCGGGCACAUCCCUAAUGGAGCCCGUCAUGAACGUGAUCAUCAGCGUCGACGAAGCCAGUCUCGGCGCCGUCGUGCACGACAUCUCUUCAUCCCGCGGCGGCCACAUCAUCUCACUAGACGAGGAAACACCCUCCCCAGCGACGGACAUCGUCUCAAACCCAACAGACGACCUCCUUCCCCCGAUCGACCCGAACAAGGUCUACGCCCCGCCUGACCCCUUCCAAUCAUCCACUGUGGGAAUCGAUCUCCCCUCCUCAGUUAACACAGCCCGAACUAUCACGGCAAAGGUACCCCUCAAAGAAAUGGUCGGGUAUCUCAAACACCUGCGCAGUCUAAGCGCAGGACGCGGCACGUUCGUCAUGAGCGUCGAUCGGUUCGAGAAGAUGAGUGCGCCGAGACAGAAGGCCGUGCUUGCCGAGCUGAGAGGCGGCUUUCUCUAA